CAGUUGUGGGAUUAGUACAAUUGUACAGUCGGAAGUGAUCGAAACAUUAGCGGCAACAGCAGCGGAAGCUUUAGUCAUUUUUAGGCAAUUCCUUUUGAUCAAUAGUUGAUAUCCUUGAUAUUUAAACUACAAAUUAGUAUGGCAGCCAAAAGAAUGGACUUAAGGGUGCGAACGUUUUUGGUGUUAAGCGGCAGCUCCAAUCCGCUUGGCCAGACGCUUGCCCAGGAGCUGUGUUGCCGCUUGGCAGCUGGAUCUGUGGCCCUCAUACUGGACGACAAGCAAGAGAAUUUGAAAUUGUUGGAGCAAAUGUUGAACGAACAAUUGAAACCAGGUUCAGUGCAAAUAUUUACUGGAGUUUUGGAUGAAAACCAUAGCAAUGGUAAUCAGCUGAUGGAACAGAUCUUGCGUAAGAGCUCUGGUUAUGGCUUCCAGCGCACCAUCAUCGUGCACAAUGAAGGCGAUGCUGCCACCCAUGUUUUAAUGGAGCCACAGACGGCGCAGUCCUGGACCGAGUAUGUGCAGCGUCAGUUGUACGCGCCGGUGUCACUUAACCAGCUCUGGUUGAACUCCAAGGCGUUGGCUGGCGUCGAAAAGCUGGUGAUCAAUGUGACCUCGUCGUUGCAGGUGCGUCCACUGGUGUACAGCACAUUGUUGUGCUCGUGCAAGCGAGCUCGCGACAUGUACUUUCGUUCAAUGGCCUCGGAGGAGAAACGCUCGGAUGUUCACGUGCUCAGCUAUGCGCCUGGACUUUUGAAGACGCACGAAAUCCAGUGCGAUGUUAACGGCAAUAUUGUGGAUCCCGAGGAACUGAUCGGAUUGUCCCAAGGGCAGAAAUUGCCACGCGUUCAACCGCUACAGUCAACACUUAAGUUGAUCAACAUUCUGGAGGAGACUUCCUUUGUGUCCGGUCACGAUGUGGACUACUAUGACACAUUCGUCUUAUGAGUAGCAACGCAGUCGUGGCUUGUGCAUCCUCCACCUGGCAACUGGAUGUGGAUCGCACUGACACGGACUGCUGCAGACGCGUACGUCAAAAUGGCUGACGAUUAUGACUUACAUUUUAGAACUAUGGAAACGGAAAUGGAAAUUAAUAAAAUUUGGCUGCUGACUCUCGUGCUCGAAACGGUACAAUGCACGUGUAACGGAAACGGAACACACGAAAACGAAACACAAAAAAAAAAA